AUGAAAAACAUCAUUUUGUAGUCACCUUUCAAAUAAUAUAAAUAUUAACAAAACCAACUUAAAUAACAUAACAGAAAUCCAUAAAAUUUUAUUGAGGAAAAAAGGAUUUUUGAAUUGUAAGGAAAAUUAGCAUAUUAUGAUCCAUAUAAGUACAGUUAAUUUUUUGGGAUUGUCUAAGUGUAAAUUGAAUAUUCUAAAAAUGGAAUUUAGACAAUCAUAUAUAAUGGCUAAAUUUUAAGAAAGUUUUUAAUAUUUUACAUAUUAUUUUUAGGUAAAAAAGUUAUGGGACUGAUAAUUAACACUAAAAUAUUGAACAUCUUGAACAAAUAUAAUAUUUGAGUUGGGAAGGAAAUUAUGGAAAAAAUAAUUAGAAAAUAGGCGAAUGGAUUGCAUUUUGGAAAGGAGAAAGAUUAUAAGCUGGAGGAAAUUAUGAUGAAUUUGAAUAUAAAAUAGGAUAAUGGGUUGAAUUAGAUCAAAAUUUUUGCGAGUUUAUUUUUAUUUUCAUUAAUUUAUAUUAGUUAUUGUCAAGUUUACCAUUUAGGAAAUUAUAAAAAUGGAAAAAAAUAAGGUUUUUGGUAAACAUUAUAUAAUGGUUAGUUAACGUAUAAUUUAUUUAAUAACUAUAGCGGUGGUGGAUUAUAUGAUGAGAAUGAAUAAAGAAAUGGAAGUUGGACUGAUUUACAUAUCAAUUUCAAUGAGUUUUUAAUUAUUAGUAUUUAAAGUUGGAAUUAAAUAACAUAUUCAGGUGUUUAUAAAAAUGACAAAAAAUAAGGAUUAUGGAAUACAAUUUUUUAGAGGGAAAUCAUGUUAUAUUAUAUUAUUUAUAAUCUUAUUAGUGGAGGAGGUUAAUACGAUGAAAAUGGAUUGAAAAAUGAUAAAUGGACAGAUAUUGAUGAUUAAAUUUGUGAGUAAUUGAAUAGAUAAAUUUAUAGUAUGUACAAUAAUGUUAUUUAUGUUGGAGAAUAUGCAAAAGGAAUUAAAAAAGGAAAUUGGAUUACUAUUAAAAAUGGGAAUAUUAUGUAAAAAUUAAAUUAAUCUAAGUGGUGGUGGUAAUUUUGAUGUCUAUGGUAUGAAAAAUGGUAAAUGGAUAGACGUUAUUAACAAUUUUAAUUAGUAAAUUAAUUAUAAGUAUUACUUUAGAAGGAAUAAUAUUACUGAAGCUGGAAGUUAUUUAAAUGGAAUUAGAGUUGGAUAAUGGAAUUAUGUUUAUAGAGGAUAGAUAAUGUAAUAAUUAAAAAUAAAUUAGUGGUGGUGGGUCUUAUAAUGAUGAAGGUUUUAAAAAUGGAGAAUGGAUAGAGUUUUAUGAUAAUUCGAAAAGGUUAUAAUGAUAUUAUCAUUAGAUAUAUUGAUGUCUUAUGCAAAGGUGUAUAUUACAAUGGUAUAAAAUCAGGAAAAUGGAUAACUAUUAACAAAGGAGAGAAAAUGUAUUCAUAUUAUUGAAUUUAGUGGAGAGGGAUAAUAUAACGAGAAUGGGUUAAAGAUUGGUAAUUGGAUUGAGUUGGAUCAAUAAUUUAGAGAGUAUCUAUAUAUAGUAUAUUAGAUAUAAAUAAGUGAUUUAUGUUGGAAAAUAUGAAAAUGGAAAAAAAUAUGGAUAAUGGGACAUCAUGAGAUUUGGAAAUAUUAUGUAAUCAUUUUUAUAAAUUUUAGAGGUGGUGGCUAAUAUAAUGAUGAUGGAUUAAAAAUUGGUAAAUGGUAGGAUUUGGAUGGUAGUUUUUGCAAGUAAAUCAUUUUUUUUUUCUAUUUUAUUAGUAUUAAAUAAGUUACAUAUGUUGGGGAAUAUUAAAAUGGUGUAAAGUAUGGUAAAUGGGAUUCUAUUCGUUUUAGAAUAAUUAUGUAAGAAAAAUCUAUAUAAAUUCAGAGGUUAAGGAGAAUAUAAUUAUAUUGGUUAGAAAAUUGGAAAAUGGAUAGAUUUGGAUGACCAUUAUCAUAAGCAAGAAUUUAUAUUAAUCAAUUCUCUAGUUCAAAACAGAUAACUAAAGCAGGAAUUUAUUAAAAUGGGAAAAAAUAUGGGCAAUGGGAAAUUAAUUAUAAAGGAUAAAUCAUGUUUUAUUUCAUAUUCUAUAUUAACCUAGAGGUGGAGGUUAAUAUGAUUUUGAUUGGACAAAAAAAGGGAAAUGGAUAGAACCUAUCUAAAAUUUCUAUAGGUUUAUUUAUUAACUAAUAUAGUUUAAAGGAAAUAUUAUUUGAGGGAAUUUAUAAUCAAGGUCAAAAAAUUGGAAAGUGGAAAUCAUAUAAGAAAAGUUAAACAUUGUAAGCAUAUAUUAAAUUAUUAUAAAGAGGAGGAGGAUUAUAUAAUGAAUAGGGAUUAAAACAUGGAAAAUGGAUAGACUUGGAUGAUGAUUAUUAAUCGUAUUCUUAAUAAAAAUAAUUAUAGAUUUAGAUAAAUUACUUACAGUGGUUAAUAUUUUAAUGGAAAACAGAAAGGAAAUUGGUAUAUAUUAUAUAAAGAAGAUCUCAUGUAAAUAUUAAUAUUACUUAUUUUUAGAGGAGGAGGUUCAUAUAAUGAAUAAGGUCUAAAAGAUGGAAAAAGAAUAGAAAUUCAAGAUAACUUUCAAAGGUUUCUAAUUUUUAAUAAACUAGAUUUUGCCAGUUAACAUAUGCUGGUGAAUUUUAGAACGGUAAAAAAAAAGGAAGGUGGUUUAUAUUGUAUUAAGGAAAUGCAUUGUAAGUUAUUUUAAAGAUAAUUUAGUGGUGGAGGACAUUACAAUCAAAUAGGUUUGAAGAAUGGAGAAUGGAUUGAAACAGAUGAUAGUUUUUUUGAGUAUAAAUAUUUAUUAAUUGUUAGUUGGAAUAUGAAGAUACAUUUUAUAACAUAUCAUUAAGGGAUUAAAUAAAAUUAAUAGUUGAUAUCAAGAUUAUGA